AUGGCGGGCAACUCAUCAUGGACUGUUGUGAUGACUUCCCUCGAGAUCUGUCGCUAUGGCUGGCAGUUCAUCAAUCCUGUUUGGUACGGUUCUUACUUUGCGAAUGCUGUUCUUGAUAGCAGGAAGCUCCUGAGAGAUGCGCAGUCUGCACUUCGACAAACUCGAGAUGAAUCGUAUGCAGUAGUGCGGCAUACGAAGAAGCCAGCGACUUCGGAGACGCUCGAGCGUGAGACACUGAAGAAAGCAAAGACAUUGCUCGAGAGGGAUCACCCAAUCGUACUUGCAAGUCGAGAGAGCCUGGCGUGUAUCCUGUGGGCGCAGAAAGACGCUAAUGCCAAGUCGAAGGAAGCCAUUGAGCAAAUCAAAGAGGUGUUGAAAGCGAGAGAGAAACGACAGGGAUGGAGCCAUACUGACACACAGGGGACCGCCAAUCUCGCUAUAGGGAUGACAGCCGAAGGGAAAGAAAAGGAGAAGCUUAAAAAGAAGAUCGUGAAGAGUUCUACUGUGUUGUAA